AUGUUGUUUUCCAACAUCUUCCUGCCUACGGCGCUCCUGGCUGCCCAGGCUGCUGCCCACGGUGCAGUCACUAGCUAUGUUAUCGACGGCGUGACAUACCCAGGUUACGAAGGCUUCUCCCCCGCCUCCUCCCCCAAAACCAUCCAACGCCAAUGGCCCGACUAUAACCCCACCAUGAGCGUCACAGACUCCAAAGUCAUGUGCAACGGCGGCACCUCCGCCGACCUCGUCGCAAAGGUAAAAGCCGGCGGCAAGAUCCGCGCAAUCUGGAAGCAGUGGACCCACGAGCAAGGCCCCGUCAUGGUCUGGAUGUACAAGUGCUCCGGCGACUUCAAGUCGUGUGAUGGAAGUGGAAAGAAGUGGUUCAAGAUCGACCAACAAGGCAUGACCGCCCCACCCCUCUCCGGCCGCAACUGGGGCACCGCCUUCGUGCUCAAGAACCUCUACUGGGAAUCCACCGUCCCCGCCACCCUCCUCGCAGGCAACUACCUCGUCCGCCACGAGCUGCUCGCUCUGCACCAAGCACGCAGCCCGCAAUUUUACGCCGAGUGCGCCCAGAUCGAAGUUACAGGCGGUGGCUCCGCGUCGCCGAGUGGCGAUUACCUGGCUACGAUUCCUGGGUAUGCGUCGCAGAAUGAUCCCGGUAUCAUGGUCGAUACGUAUAGUAGCUCGCAGACUACGUAUACGUGCCCGGGACCGAAGGUGUGGAGUGGUUAG